AUGCAUCUGACAUCCUACAUCUCCGUCGCCGUAACCCUCCUUGGCCUAACAAGCGCCGCACCAAAGGAAUGCGACAAGCGCUCUCCCGUUCCCAAGUUCGAAAAGGGUCACUACAUCGUUGACCGAUCAACCAAAUUCGCCAACAAAAAAGUUUGGACAUUCAACGGCAAGACUCUUCCCGAGGGGCUUUACGCUAGCGAUUACCCUGUUGGAAAGACCCAUGUUUUUACGCCCUCUGGUGUUAAGCUUCGCAAUGGGUAUCUAGAGCUUAAUGUUCCGGGUGGACAGAAGGCUAAGCCUUAUAAGUCUGCUGAGGUUGCUACUGAGAUGGAGAAUAUUAUGUAUGCUUCUGUUAGAACGACGGCUAUUCUUAGUGAACCUGCAGGUGUUUGCAACGGAAUGUUCUUUUACGAGUCCGACAGCCAAGAAACCGACAUCGAGUGGCUGUCAGACCCCAAAUCCCAAUCCAACGAGAACGGCGUCCGUCACUUGUGGUUCACCAACCAAGACAACAAUGGCGACGGACAGCCCAGCCACAAGGCCGUCCUCCCCCCUUCCAACCCUACCACCACCGAACACGAGUACCGAAUUGACUGGACCAAGGGUCUUGUUCAAUUCUAUGUUGACGGUGUGAAGAUGUGGUCUACCAAGAAGGAUGUUCCCAACGUGCCUGGUCCUUGGAUCUGGAAUAACUGGUCCAACGGUGAUAAGGGUUGGAGUGCGGGUCCUCCUAAGCAGAAUGCUUCUUUCAAGAUUAAGAAGAUUGAGAUGUACUACAACACUGCUUAG